AUGUCCUUUGGACUUACAAACACUCCGUCGGUAUUCAUGGACCUCAUGAACCGACUCUUCAUGCCAUACUUAGAUCGGUUUGUGAUCGUGUUCAUUUAUGACGUCUUGGUUUACUCCAAAAGCCAGGAGGAACACGAGCAACAUUUGCGCACGGUCCUGAGUACGCUGAAGGAAAAUCAACUGUAUGCCAAGCUAUCAAAAUGCGAGUUUUGGGAAAGGGAAGUAAAGUUCCUAGGGCAGGUAGUGAAAGAAGAAGGCAUCGCGGUCGAUCCCGCUAAAGUUGAAGCAGUAUCCAAGUGGGACCAGCCCACCACAGUCACCGAAGUUCGAAGCUUUUUAGGCAUGGCAGGAUAUUAUAGGCGCUUCAUCAAGGAGUUCUCUAGGAUCGCGGGACCACUCACCCAACUAACGAAGAAGAACGCUCAAUUCACAUGGGACGAGAACACGAAGGCAGCCUUCCAGAAGCUAAAAAUGAGGCUGACAUCUGCACCAGUACUCCCCCUCCCACAAGAAGGAGAAUAG